AUGAAGUUUCUGUCUUCUCUCUUUAAAAAAAAGGUCGAUGUAGCAGGCGACCCAAACAAAGCAACUUCCAACAGAUCAACUCAAUCAUUGUCACCAACUUCCACAACAUCCACAUCUACAUCCACUACUACAACUACCACAACAUCAUCGGAAGACACCAAAGCCAAUCUUCAAACUUCACUUCCAGCGCCAACACACACAAAGAAGUCAAAGCGACGCAGUGGUUCUCCGACACGUGGCGGCGACAAACAUAGUAAAGGCGAUAAGGAUAAGGAGAAGGACAAGGAAGCUGGAGAUCAAUCGAUAAUAUGUCUACAUGACUUGAGUGGAUUGGUGCCAUCCGAUCGCCGAUGGGUCGAGCAUGCCGGCAUCAAUGAACAGAUGAUACAUGACAACUUUGCAUUGUUUCUCAAUGUAGUCAACUUCCUCCGAAAGGAUACACAUUACAAGUUUGUCGAUCCCACGCCUUCUGAUCAAUCUCCAAUAAUAAUGGGCGCCAACAAGAGUGCAGAUGUACUGCCAUCACUUGUCAUAACUACCUGCUCGCCAAUGCCUGCAGAGAAGGAGAGCUCACCCGAGCCCGAGGCAAGCCCGCCACCCUCACCACGUGGCUCAGCCACCAGCGACGAUACAUCAAGCUCGAACGCAUCGUCCAAUCCGACGACACCAGCAGGAACAUCAUCAUCGCGAGGACGCUCGUCUGGCCCAGGCUUUGUGGGCGUCGAGAAAAAGAAAUACUUGGACUCGGACAGGAUAUUCAUCGCACCUGGCAAGCACUGUAAGUUCCCCGAGGAGCUUGGACUGGCGAUCGAGAAGCUGCUCAACAACAUCAACGCCAAGGACUUGUACAAGAACAUCGACUUUGAAGCCAAGGGCGGCUUUGGCAUGGUCUACGCCGGCCGCCUCAAGAACGGCACGCAUAAUGGUGGCGAUCGCCAGAUGGUAGCGCUCAAGAAGAUGGAGCAUCGCACGGCCAAGCAGCGACGCAUGAACCUCAACGAGAUUGGCUUCAUGAAGUUCUGCCAGCAUCCCAACAUCACGACAUUCCUGUGCGCGCACCAACGCGACGACGACCUGUGGAUGGUGAUGGAGUACUUGGAAGGCGGCACCCUACGCGAGGCCAUCAACAACUUUGUCUUUGGCGAGACCAAGAUCGCACACAUAGCCAAGUACAUCCUUCGCGCACUACACUAUCUUCACUCGAAUGGCAUUUGCCACCGCGACCUCAAGAGCGCCAACGUAAUGAUCAGUCUGUUUGGCGACAUCAAGAUCAUCGACCUGGGCCUGGCCAUUGACUUUGGUGGCAUGGGCGGCGAGGACGAGACGCACGAUCGACACAUGUGUGGCUCUCCCUUCUGGAUGCCGCCCGAGCAGAUCCAGGGCAAGCCGCACACAUUCUCGCUGGACAUCUGGAGCUUUGGCGUGUGUCUCAUGGAGAUGAUGCGCAUCAAUGCCUUCUUCCAGGGCUCGCGACUCAAGGCCAUGUUUGGCGUGGCCGUGCACGGCAUCCACAUCAAUCGUGCCGACAAUCCAGAUUGGUCCGACACGCUCUACGACUUUCUCGAGUCGUGUCUCCAGUUCGAACCCACGAAGCGACCCACUGCUCAACAACUUCUCGAACAUCCCUUCAUCUCAAAGGCAUGCACAUCCCGUGAGUUUUGCGAGAUGGUCCCGGCGAUCUUCAUGUCCAACAAUCUCUCGCGUCAAGGACUACUCUAA